AUGACAACGAACGAGAAGAAAGCAAAAGGUUCUAAAAUCAAGAAAGGUGUGGAUUUCGAUCUUCUGGUGGUGACAGAAUCACUUGGCUACAAGACGUAUAGAAAAAAUCGUAGGAAUUCGUGGUCGAGGGAAGAAGACGACAAGUUGAAACAGUUGAUAAGUGCAGCACUAAUAGAAUUAGGCUAUGCUAGAGGCGUCGCGGAUAUCAAGACGAUUCAAGAAUCGGAAAGGAUUUGCAAAAAUAUAUCGUGGGAACACAUUGCCAAUCUUUUCAAUGAUCCAGCAAGGAAGCCCAAGGACUUGAGGAAACGUUGGACAUCAUCAUUGGAUCCUAAUUUGAAAAAGGGUAAGUGGACACCUGAAGAAGACGCACAACUUUUAAAGGCAUAUGAAACUCAUGGAGCUCAUUGGCAAAGCGUCUCAGAGAGCAUUCCAGGUAGAACAGAAGAUCAAUGCGCCAAAAGAUAUAUUGAAGUAUUAGGACCAAGUACAGAGGGCAGACUAAGGAAAUGGACUCUUGAGGAAGAUUUGAGCCUUGUGAAUAAAGUUAAAAAAUAUGGUACAAAAUGGAGAAGAAUAUCGUCAGAAAUGGAGUUUAGACCAAGCUUAACUUGUAGAAACCGUUGGAGAAAAAUUAUCACAUCUGUGGUUCGUAAUAAGGCAAGUCCGGAAAUUGCAGAUGCUGUUAAAGGCGAUCAAGAUGUAUCGUCUUCAUUGAGCUCCUUCCUAAGUCAGGGAAAAUCAAACAAUGAACCUGAUAGUGAAGAUGAAAGUUCUUCCAGGGAGAAUAAAAGUAAGCAUAUGGAACAAGGCGAAGAUGAAGAAGAAGAUGAAGAAGAUGAGAGUGCCAGUGAGUUAGAGACGGAGCUUCCAAGCAAAAAUAAUUUAAAUGCUAAACACGAACCAAAUACCGACCCUGCAGUGAUGAAUAUGCUGGAUCCAAUAAGAACGGGUAUAGACUCCGAGAAUAACGGGCAACAUCAACAGCAGCAUCAACGACCACCGCAGACGCAGGCGCCACAGACACAAGGCAAGUCACCUCAUAGGAGUCACAUGGAAUGGAAAUAUAUUCUCAAGGAUGGUGAUGAAUUGUCAGUGUCUAGCGGUGUGAUUGAUAGCACUAAUUUAGUCAAGGAAUUAAUUGAACAAGCCAGAAAGCACCAGUUAAAGAUAUCCAUCCAUCAACACAUUCAUAACCAUUAUAGUGCUCCUCAGGAGUUAAGUGCAAGUGAACAGCUACAAAGUAUCCAACCAUCCACGACUUUUGACGCCUAUUCAAAUUUCCGCACAAGCACGUCUUCACCUUCUACAGGCUCUUCUAGUAGGGAUUUAUUAUCUAAUACUGCCGCCACUGCAACUGCAACCAAACCUGUUUUCCCAGAAGGCUAUCAAGAAUUUCUUUCGCCCUCGCCGAAUUAUAACGCUGCAUUUGGAUUCGAACCAUUUUCACCCUAUGCACCAAGACCUGAUUUACCACCACCAACAGCGGCACCCUGUGCAACCCCUGGCAUAGUAAAUCGCGGAACUGAUGAAGUACAAGACGUCAGUAGACACAGAGUGUCUCAUUUCAACUACCUACCACCUGCAUUAAAACCCCAAUUGGAAUCAUCUGACUCUACAAAGGCAUCAAAUUUAAAUAUUCUUCUAAACCCAACACCAUCAAAUGGUAGAAGGGCAUCAGCGAAACGAAGAAGAAGGAAACAAGGCUCCUUACGUUCAGGUUCGAAUACACCGGGCUCAUCACAUACAUCACCAGAUGACGGUAGACAACAGGGAUCGAACGGGGGUGGAUCCGAUCAUACAAAAUCGGUCGGAUCGAUGAAUGAUGAUGAGGGACUCGAUUUUUGGGAAAAUCUAAGAUCUUUGGCAGGACGACCGGCUAGAGCACAGCAGGAAGAAUUCAAACAGCCAAAUAUCAAUCCCUUUGACGAUGAAAGUAGAGACUUGAUCUAUGGUCUUUUUAACGGUAACGGUGCUAAUGAUAACGAAUUGGAUUCGAACACAUUAUCAAGACUAGACCAUCAAAGUCCGUUUCCGCUUGAUGAUGAAACGUUUAUACCUUUUAACCCUAGUUAG